AUGGCUCAUUCGGUUGAUUUCAUUGUGGGAAAUACCUACGCUCGUAUUCCCAAUCAUAUUGCCAAGAGAAGCCGCGUUGGCGGUCAUCGCAAAAUCCACGAUGUGACUGUCUUUGUCGACGUUGUCAACGAUGGCAAUCCUGACUUGCUGGACAAAGUUUCCUUUGAUUGUGGAGCAACUUUCAGCCCCCAAAUCUUUACUUGCGCUUGUCCUAUUCCUACACAGACCCGGAACGGAACCUCCGUCUGGAGAUUUUCCACUCGUCAACAAGUCUAUGGUCCCUUUGACGUCAAGAUCAAGAUUUAUGGAGCCGGUGGCACCACCUUGGUUUGCAACCAUGAGGUCCAACUCAAGUCCAACAGUGAAAUCAUGGCACAUCGUGAGCCAGAAAUGAACUUUGUGGAAUACAAACGCUUGAGACCUCUUUCCAAGAUUCGAUUGCCGGAUGGAGCCCAGUUUGGCAUUGAACUAGAAAUGUCCUCUGGAGCCACCAUUACGCCAGAGUACUUGGCAUAUGAAUUGAGCGGCGAUAAUCGCUAUCAAGUACAAGCCUAUGACUACACUCAUGCAACCGUUGAUCACUGGAAGAUUGUCCCCGAUAGUUCUAUUGUGUGCAACCGAUCCGAGCCAGAUUGCAACAAAUUUGAACUAGUUUCUCCCCCCUUGGGUCCUGGGGCAGGAUUGACUCAAGUCCAUGCCAUCUUGUCCAAGGUGACCAAUGUCAAUGUCAAGGUCAACAAGAGCAUGGGAUUCCAUGUCCAUGUGAACGUCUCCCGCUAUUCCGUUCCCCAACUGGUCAAGGUUUGCCAACAGUUUGUCAAAUAUGAAGCCGUCAUGGAUCUACUCAUGCCCCCGUCUCGUCGCACGGGCAGUGUCGAAUCCAAUCAGUUCUUUGCCAGCAAUCGGCGACACGUGGAGAACCUUGCUCGCAACAGUCGUCGCUCCGUCAUUGACACUUUGGCAAAUUGCGAAGACUUGCAAUCCUUGGUCUACACCAUGAAUGGUGCCACGGAUGGGAGUGGCCGCUAUUUCAAAUUGAAUUUGCAAAAUUUGGUGACGGGUCGUCAACCUACCAUUGAAUUCCGCCAGCACUCGGCCACGUUUGAAUACGAAAAGGUUCGAGCCUGGAUACGCUUUUGUGUCUUGUUGACCUCCAAUGCGGCUAAAUUGCGAGCCCCCACCUCAUUUUCUUCCGACAAGACUGUGGACGAACAGUUGGAGGCCUUGUUUCAAUACGUCCUGAAGGAUCGUGAUCUUCGAAACUAUUACAGGAGCCGUGCUCAAAAGCACAAUCACGCGGAUCCUGCGGAAGCUGCCUGUUGCGAUGAAUGUCGUUCCGCGCCUAAUUCUGUCUCAUCAUCCUCUCAUCGUCCGGCCAAGCAAGUUCGUCAUGGGUUCACAGGGUUCUGUGUUACAACCAAUUCAGGCAGUAUAUAA